ACUUCGCGGAGUGGUGCUUGGCUUCCUUGCGCUCCACCCGGUUCCCGGCGCAGGGAUCCCCUAGACCGACGUUCCGUGGGGCCGCGAGUCUUCCGGGGGUGCGAGCCAGGUGAUGGCCGCUUCCUGGGCGUGAGGCGGGCAGACGGGGAGCCUGCGGUUGUGGUCCCAACCCCGGGAGCUCUGGGAGCCCGGGUGACAGCGUAGGCCGAGCAACUCUCCCAGCAUUGAGCAACUGAUAUGCAAAAUAGGAGUUAACUGCUGAAAGUUGAGUAAAUUUAUCUGGAGCAGUUGUUGUGUAUCAUUGUAGGGUUUUACCAGGGUCUGUUUAUCAGAUGACACUUGCUAAAUAUCUCCUUGUUCGUCAGCAGAAAUUUGGGCGGGGGGGGGGGGGGCCUGGCUAACCCUUGUCUCUGGAGGCUGCUCAGCCUUACAGGUAUUAUUUGCACAGCACUUACACCUGUAAUUCAGAGCAGCUAGAUGUUAUUUCUGUGAAAAUUGCUUUCCCACUCUUCCCCCAAAGCAAAGGGAAAUGAUACUUGUUUAGAACCAGCAACUAGGUAGAAAAAUACAGCCAGUUUCUUUUGUGUGAUAACAUGGUGCAGUGUCUAUUUAACAAAUUUUUCUUCAUGUCGCUUUAUUUUACUUAGACAUAUCUAUCAUUAUAAUACCUCAAACUUGACACUUUGACAGUUUCUUACCUCUUGCUAUUGCUAGGAGCUGAGCUUUUGUACAUUAUGUGUAUUCACUGAGAAAAGUAGUCAACAGAAAGUGGAAAUCAGCCUAACUCAUAACAUAUGGAGGAUAGAGCAAGCACAUGUAAGAAAUUUGAAGUGGUUAAGCCAAGUCUGGUGGUAAUUAGAACUUUAUUGAUUUGUAAAUUCUUUCCAGCUCCUAGGAAGAGGACAGGUGUUAGCAGUAUAGCCACCAGCUGAUACCAAUCUCACCAGGAUUCGUUAAUGACGUGUCAGAAAAGAUUCUUGCAUUCUUUACAGAAUAUAUUGAUGAUCAUAAUGUCAUAUAAGUAUCUUACAGGAUGUUCUUGAUCCCUAGAAAUGUUGGAUUUUUUUCUCCUACCUGACCUCAUCCACUAAUAAGGAAUCUCAAACUCACCACGACCAAAUGGAAUCACAUCUUCAACCAAGAUUGUUUCUGGUGUAACGGUUGUCCAUCAGGGUUGGAAACCUUCUUCAUCCUGCUGGUCUUGGUGACCUCAUUUUUCAAGUCCCUGCUUAAAUUUCACUUUCUCUGUGAUUCCUUCCCAUACUAAUGCAGAAAUGAGCACAGAAGCAGAGCAACAGCUUCUCCAUCAUGCCAGAAACGGCAACGCUGAAGAAGUAAGACAGUUAUUGGAAACCAUGGAAAGGAAUGAAGUAACUGCUGACAUUAACUGCAAAGGAAGAAGUAAGUCUAAUUUGGGCUGGACACCGCUUCAUCUGGCCUGCUAUUUUGGACAUAGACAAGUGGUCCAGGAUCUGUUAAAGGCUGGUGCAGAAGUAAAUGUAUUAAAUGACAUGGGAGACACGCCACUUCACCGGGCUGCCUUUACAGGACGAAAGGAGUUGGUAAUGCUUCUUUUAGAAUAUAAUGCUCAUACUACUGUUGUUAAUGGGAAUGGACAGACAGCAAAGGAGGUCACUCAUGACAAAGAAAUCAGAAACAUGCUUGAAGCUGUAGAAAGGACUCAACAAAGGAAGCUUGAAGAAUUACUUUUAGCAGCAGCAAGAGAAGGCAGAACAGCGGAACUCACAGCUCUGCUCAACAGGCCGAAUCCUCCUGCUGUUAACUGUUCGGAUCAGUUAGGAAAUACACCCUUGCAUUGUGCCGCCUAUCGGGCUCAUAAACAAUGUGCCUUAAAGCUUCUAAAAAGUGGAGCGGACCCUAAUCUGAAGAACAAAAAUGAUCAGAAACCUCUUGAUCUUGCCCAGGGUGCUGAAAUGAAACACGUUCUUGUUGGUAAUAAGGUCAUCUACAAAGCAUUGAAACGAUACGAAGGCCCUCUCUGGAAGAGUUCAAGAUUUUUUGGCUGGAGAUUAUUCUGGGUAGUGUUAGAACAUGGAGUCCUUUCAUGGUAUAGGAAACAGCCCGAUGCAGUCCAUAAUAUUUAUCGCCAGGGAUGCAAACAUCUAACUCAAGCAGUAUGCACGGUAAAACCCACUGAUAGCUGCCUCUUCUUUAUUAAAUGCUUCGAUGACACUGUUCAUGGCUUCAGGGUUCCUAAGAAUAGCCUUCAGCAGACAAGAGAGGACUGGCUGGAAGCAAUAGAAGAGCAUUCUGCUUACAGCACGCACUACUGUUCCCAGGACCAGUUGACUGAUGAUGAAGAGGAAGACGCAGUUUCUGCUGUAGACUUGAAGGAAUCCUUAGAGAAAGCACAGAUAUGCCAGCAGAGACUAGACAGGGAAAUUUCCAACUUUCUCAGACUGAUUAAGGAGUGUGACGUGGCUAAAGAGAUGCUUCCAUCAUUCCUUCAGAAAGUUGAAGUUGUCUCUGAAGCUUCUAGAGAAACUUGUGUAGCUUUGAGUGAUUGCCUUAAUCUCUUCACCAAACAAGAAGGGCCUCCCAGUUUGGAAAUCACUGGAUUACAACGUUCUCUUGUGAAUUGGUUGCACGUGGCUGUGCCCCAGAGUGCAUUCAGAUGUGAUGAUGAUAAUUUGGGGAUUUUUCUGCAAGUAGUGAGGAAUUUUAAAUUGGAACAGGAACAAGAAAAAAACAAAAUUUUGUCAGAAGCGCUGGCGACUCUAGCCACUGAACAUCAUGAAUUAGAGCAGUCUCUGGUUAAAGGCUCCCCACCUCUCAGCAUCCUUAGUGAGGACGAGUUCUAUGAUGCACUGUCAGAUUCCGAGUCCGAACGGUCCCUGAGUAGAUUGGAAGCAGUGACUGCGCACUGCUUUGAAGAGGAAGGAGAGCACCUGAGGAGUAGAAAGUACAGAAUGUCCGAAGGAAAAGACUGUGGUGGUGGAGAUGCUCUCUCCAAUGGCAUCAAAAAACACAGAACAAGCUUGCCCUCCCCUAUGUUUUCCAGAAAUGACUUCAGCAUCUGGAGCAUCCUGAGAAAAUGUAUUGGAAUGGAACUCUCCAAGAUCACAAUGCCAGUUAUAUUUAACGAGCCUUUGAGCUUCCUCCAGCGACUCACUGAAUAUAUGGAGCAUACGUACCUCAUCCACAAGGCCAGUUCAUUUGCUGAUCCUGUGGAAAGGAUGCAGUGUGUAGCUGCAUUUGCUGUAUCUGCUGUUGCUUCUCAGUGGGAACGCACUGGAAAGCCUUUCAACCCACUUCUGGGAGAGACUUAUGAAUUAAUUCGAGAUGACCUUGGUUUCAGACUCAUCUCUGAGCAGGUCAGCCAUCACCCACCCAUUAGUGCAUUUCAUGCUGAAGGAUUAAACAAUGAUUUCAUCUUUCAUGGCUCAAUCUAUCCCAAACUGAAGUUCUGGGGGAAGAGCGUAGAAGCAGAACCCAAAGGAACCAUCACGUUGGAGCUCCUUGAACACAAUGAAGCAUAUACGUGGACAAAUCCUACCUGCUGUGUACAUAACAUCAUUGUGGGGAAACUCUGGAUUGAGCAGUACGGCAACGUGGAGAUCACAAACCACAAGACUGCAGACAAAUGUGUGUUGAAUUUUAAGCCAUGCGGCCUUUUUGGUAAGGAGUUACACAAAGUUGAAGGCUACAUUCAAGAUAAAAGCAAAAAGAAGCUCUGCGCCCUCUAUGGGAAGUGGACAGAAUGUUUAUACAGUGUUGACCCUGCCACAUUUGAUGCUUACAAAAAAAAUGAUAAGAAAAAUACUGAAGAGAAGAAGAACAGCAAACAGAUGAGCGCUUCUGAGGAGUCAGAUGAAAUGCCAAUGCCAGAUUCCGAGAGUGUGUUUGUCAUCCCUGGGAGCGUUCUCCUGUGGCGAAUAGCCCCGCGGCCUCCCAAUUCGACCCAGAUGUAUAAUUUUACUAGCUUUGCAAUGGUUUUGAAUGAAGUAGACAAGGAAAUGGAGAGUGUGAUUCCUAAGACAGACUGCAGGCUACGUCCUGACAUCAGAGCCAUGGAAAAUGGGGAAAUAGAUCAAGCUAGUGAAGAAAAAAAGCGACUUGAGGAGAAACAAAGAGCGGCCCGCAAGAACAGGUCCAAGUUGGAGGAGGACUGGAAGACGAGGUGGUUCCAUCAAGGUCCUAAUCCCUACAGCGGAGCCCAGGACUGGCUUUACUCGGGCAGCUACUGGGACAGAAACUACUUCAAUUUGCCUGACAUUUAUUAAAACAUAGACAAGUUGGGGCAUUUGGCUAAUCUACAGAUAAGACUUAAACCUGUGUUUUAAAAUUUUCUUCUUUGAUUUCUACUCAUCUUUUGAAAAGAGAAAAAGUCCUCUCAUGAUAACUUGCAUUUCACCCAACAAAAGUAGGGCAUAAGGUGGAUACUGGUGAUGAAAGUCUUUGGAAAAAUGGGUAAUUUUGCUACUAUUUUAUCUAGAGAUAUGGGAAACUGUUGGAGAAUAUGCUUUUUGAUGGUUGCCAUAUUCACUGAAGGUUUAUACCUAAAUGUAACUUUAGCUUUAUGGAAUUAUAUAGUAACCCAAAUCAAGUUAUUUUGAAUAUUUUUAGGCUGUCAUGCUUGAAUGUUUUAGAUUUAACUUCGAAAUGUUUAGAAUUCUCCUAUAUGAUGUUUAUAUGCUCAAAUAUAGAGGUUAUGCCAUCUUGUAAAGACUGCAUUGAAAAGAUGGCUUUUCUUCUUACUAAUCCUCUCAAUUUUACCCCUUCCCACCUCUAAAAAGAAAAAUAAUCCUGAAUGUUCAGAAGAGAGAUUCCUGAUUUGAAAAUUCUAAACUGGAAAAGGUAUUUCGUUUGCUUAUUUUAGUGCUCUGAUUUUACUUUUACAAUGUUCUAUAAUUAAUGUCAUCAGAAUUCAAAUGUUUGAGUUGUACAUGUUUGAAUUGAAAAUAUGUAUAAAACCUAGCAAUUCACAAAAAUACCCCAGAAAUAUAGAUUUUAGUCACCAUCAUUACAUAAUGAGAAACCUUUUUAAAUGCUUCAACUCCCAGUGGCAAAUGCCACCAGAGAAAUUCAGUUGUACUCAUGUAUUGUAAGUAUCAGACUAUAUAAAAGGAGGUCUUGUGCAUUUCAAGUUUGCAAGGCACCUGUGUACUUAAGAUACGUAUGGAGACCUACUUGUACAGUAGCUUUGCCCCUUUAAUUGGGGUACAUUAAUCUUACGGUAUUUAUCUACCCAACCCCAGACUGAGAUAUUGCUCCAGGGGGCCUUAGGUAGCUGCCAGUAAGUUAUUUUAAUGGCUGUCGUGAAGUUAACAAGUGUUAUAAUGAAAUAAUCUACCUGAUGCUAAAUAAAGGCUUUAGAAUGUUCAAAA